AUGGUGUCCCCAGCAGCCGAUGAUUUUCAGACCUCAGGAGGGCGCAAGACAACCACCACCACCACCACCACAACCACCACCACCACCACCAUCCCUCUGCGCCCGCCGGAGCAAGGCCUCAAGUGCCCGCGGUGCGACUCCCCCAAUACCAAAUUCUGCUACUACAACAACUACAGCCUCACCCAGCCAAGGCACUUCUGCAAGACCUGCCGCCGUUACUGGACCAAAGGCGGCGCCCUCCGCAACGUGCCUGUCGGCGGUGGCUGCCGCAAGAACAAGAAAUCCAAAUCCUCUGCCUCAACCCGCCUCCCCCUCGAUCCCGCCGACCCCAUCACCGCCGGGAUCCCCGAACAGGGCUGCGGCCUAAAAUUCCUCACUGGGCCUUCCCAGCCUGCAGUCGACUUCCAGCUAGGCGUGCUCCCCUUCUCAAGGCUGCAACUUCCCACCACUUCUGGGGUCUUUAGCAGCAACAACAACCAAUUCUUCUCCUUGGCGGACUUCUCCUCCGCCACAGCUAAUUCAUCUCCGGCCGUCCCGACGACUUCUUCUAUGGUCGGAUUCAAUUACCCAAUAUCUUCCGUUGGGUUCUACGGCGAGAUGGGUGGCGCCCCUUCCUCGAUAGUGAGCAGCAAUACCCACGGUAGCAUUGCUUCUUCCAUUGAAUCCUUGAGCUCUAUAAACCAAGACCUUCACUGGAAGCUUCAGCAGCAGAGGCUGGCUAUGUUCUUUGGAGUGGAGGCCCAUAAGGAGAGCACUUUGUCUGCUCUCCCAACCCCUCUUCUGGAGAAGCAGUCAGAGCACAUCUCCUUUCAGGUGCCAGACAGCGCGGGAGCUCAGGAUUGUGGAGGCAGUGGGUCGAGAAAGGGCUGCAUCGGCAAUACUGAAACCACAGCACGGUUUCUUGAGAGUUCCUACACGAUGCCUGCCUCCGCCACCACCAAUUCCUACAACAACAACAACACUAGCAGCAGCGGCAACAACAACUCAAGCAAUUGGAGUGGAAUCCCAGCUUGGAACGACAUGCCACAGUUUACGACUUUGCCUUAG